GGUGCCGCCGCUGCCGGCCGGAGCUGGAAGAUGGCGGAGCCGGCGCCAGACUGCAGCGCGCUGCUGGACGAAGAGCUCUCCUCCUUCGUGUUCAGCUAUCUCACCGACAGCCAGUACGAGGUGUCCGGUGGCAGCGAGGAGCACUUCUACUCCGAUUUCCCUGAGAUUGACCUGUCUCCACUGGAUGCCAGUGACCUUGACUCUGCCAGCUGCUUCAGUGAGCUGCAGUGGUGCGCUGAGCGCUCCGAGACCGAGUCUAGCCAGUACAGCACAGACGACUCUGAGCUCCUUCAGAUAAUAGACAGUGAGAAUGAAGCGCUGCUGGCAGCCCUCACCGAAACACUGGAUGAAAUACAGGAAGAUGACAUGGGCCUGGCUGCCUUCCGAGCUAUGGAAGAAAGGGACGUGCCCAACCACAUCUGUGCCUCGCCAGCCCCCUCCCCCAAACCAGUCGCCCCCACCCCGGGGGGGCCGCCUUUGGCCCCCGAGGUUGAUGAGCUGUCUCUACUGAAGAAGUUGCUUCUUUCUCCGUCCCCUGUGCCUCCAAGCUGUGAGGCUCAGAGAGAAGGGAAUGCACGGCGCCAGGGGCCCCCAAAAUCCAGACCCCAGCGACCCUACACAAAGGCAGAGGGUCCCCAGGACAGAAAGCUGAGCUGUCUCCAGGCUCAGAGUCGGAGCUGCACAGAGCUGCACAAGCACCUCACCUCCACUGCAUGCUGCCCGCAGACCAAAGCCACCUGGCCCCCAGACGGGCACCAAGUCAGCGGCAGCAGCCACCCCCCUCUGAGUCACGCUGCACACAGUGGAGAUGACAGUGACUCGAGCGAAGACUCACUGAGCUCCAAUGAGGCCCCAGUCACGCCUCCCUCCUCCUCCAACGAUGGCACCAGUGAUCAUUUGGCCAGCGAGAAGGCCAUGCACACAGUGGUGAAGCUCAUCCGCUACAUGCAUACUUACUGCCUUCCUCCACGGAAGCUGCCUCUCAGAGACCCUGCCGAUGUGAAGCACCAGCACUGUAACAGCCCAUACAAGAGAGCAAAGCCAGACUAUCCUUCACAGACACUGCCCCUGGAGAGCCGGACAUCCUGCACCUGGCAAACAGCAGCUGGCAGCAAGAAGCCUAGAGCCACUUGGCCAGAGUUCUCCAUCCUGAAGGAGCUACUGGCCCGGGACCUGCUGUGUGAUGUGAGCAAGCCGUACAGAUUGGCCAAGCCCGUGUAUGCUUCCUUGGUUAGGCCUCAUAGCUCCAAGUCCCAAGGAGCAUCUACUCAGGAGGCUGAGAGUUCUCCUGGGGGAUGUAAGGCCAGAGCCAAUAUGCCUCUGGAGAAAGCGGAGCUCAGGCAAAGCCCCAAGGCUGAGUCUGAAGCCAAGAGAGAGACCAGCAGCCCAGAGGACGCCACUGGGAAGCAUGCAGCUCUCUCCGCUCAGCAAGCCGUGGGAAAAGCGGGACGGAAGCAGGAGUGCGCUAUUUAUGCUGUCCGGCGCUCCAAGAGACUCAACCCCGAGCUCAGCCACUGGCUGUCCUUUCUUGACGAGCCUCCCCCAGAGCUGUCUGCCCCAGGGGAGGCAGCAGAGAGCCCGGUGAAGGAUGCUCUCGCCUCCAGGGAGCCAGCGUUGUACCCAGACCUGGAGAACUUUGACACAGAAGAGCCUGCAACAGUUGUGGAGGUGGGCGGCACAGACGAGAGGGACAGCGGAUGCCAGAACCACCCAACAGAGACCCAGACCCCUUGGCUGGGGAGCCCAGAUGAGGGGGGAGGAUGUGAGGUGGAUGAGAGCCGGCGCUACACCCCAUUGCAUGAAACAGAAACACCCACGUGUCUCACACUGUCCUUGGCACAAACUGAUCCUCCAUUUGGGAAGCGGAACUUCGAGCAGGCGCUGACUGUGGAGCUAUGUGGGACUGCAGGUCUCACACCACCUACCACUCCGCCAUACAAGCCUGCUGAGGAGGACCUGUAUAAGCCGGACAUUCCCCAUGGGUCAGUGAAGGAAGAAGCCACCAUCACCCCUUCCACUCCAGGUCCAAGAACCUUAGCAGUGGCAGUCGAUGUGACUGCCUCCCGGAAACUCACGAAGAAGCACCCAGAGCGAACAGAGCUUUACGCUCAUUUGAGCCGAGCGACCGUGCGCCCUUCCCCCUCGGAGCAGCAGGGGGUGCUGAAGCGGCCCUUUUCUCGCUCUUUUGGGGACCAUGACUACUGCCAGGUGCUGAAACCUGAGGCCAUGCUCCAGGGGAAAGUGCUGAAAUCCUGGGAGCCCCAGAGCCACGUGGAGGGUGAGCACAAGAGAAGAGUGCCAGACGCACACUAUCAGGAGUUGGGCCAGGCCACUAAGGAGGGGAAGGGUGAGGCUCCGUGGAAGGAGUGCAGCAAGCAGCUCAGAGACCAGGAGAUCAGAGCCAGUUUAACUAAGCACUUCGGCUUCCUGGACUGCACCCUUGAAGAUGAGGACACAGGCUUCUGCAAGACCCCUGAAUACGACAUUGUCUUUGAAGACAGCUGCAGUGAGAGCAGCUCCCCUGCGGAGGAGGAAGAGGAGGAAGAGGAAGAACAUUGCGAGAGUCCGUUGGAGUCCAAGCUGUGCUUGCGCAGGAACCCACUUGCCAGGUCCAGCUUGCACCACUGUUCCCGGAGUAGAUCCAGCUCUGGGUCUUCAUGCUGCAGGUCCAGGUCUCCAGCAAACAGACGGACUUUCAGAUGCGAGUACAGCAAGCAGUGCCAAGGGGGAGACGCCAGCCGGGACCAGACUGAGAAGAGACGGGACAAGGCCAUUAGCGAAGGCCGGGUGGUGCACAUCAGAAACCUUUCCAGCAGCAUGAGCUCCAGCGAACUGAAGAAACGCUUUGAAGUGUUUGGGGAGAUCGUCGAGUGUCGGGUUCUGACCAGGAAUAACAGGGGGGAUAAAUAUGGUUUCAUCACCUACCAGUGUUCGGAGCACGCCGCCUUAUCGCUGAAGAACGGCGCCUCACUGAGGAAGAGGAAUGAGCCCUCGUUCCAGCUGAGCUAUGGUGGCAACGUGUGGACCAGAUACACUGACUUGGAUUCCAAUACGGAGGAGUCAUCCCCGGCUCCCUUGAAAAGCAAGUAUGAGACCAUGGAUUUUGACAGCUUGCUGCAGGAGGCCCAGCGAAGCCUGCAUCGAUAACAGCCUUAACCUUGGAGGAACACCUCAAUACCUCAGUCAAGGCACUUCCAAUAUGUUUACGUUUUCAAAGAAAUGAUUAAGUAUAUGAAAAAAGCGCGAGAGAGAUAGACUGCUGUCCCUUUAAAUUGAUGUUUACAUUGAACAAAGCUGCUUCUGUCUGUGAGUCCCCAUGGUGUUGAUGUUCCACUGCCACACGUUAGUAUCCUUGCUUCUGACUGGUUGUUUUGGAGUGACCCUGUAAGCCUUCAGUUCCCUCCUUCCACCUUCCCUGGGUUCCCCACCAUCCACCCACGCUCCAGUAGUGGAGGUGCAGCUGUGUUCACCAUAACAUUUUUUGUCUGUAGUGCGUGAUGAUAAAACUGUUAAUUGUGAAUAGAAUCAGGAUUAUAAACUAAUUUUUAAUAGAAGAAAAAAGUAUAUACUUAAAAUGUAUUUAUGGCUCAGAUGUACUGUAAUUCAGAUUUAUUGUAUCGCUUCCUUGAUUUUUAACUAUGCACUGUAAUGAGGCAUUAGCCACUCAGCAGAUGGGGGUCAGUCUGAGGGGGCACCUUGGAUUAAGCACUGCACCAGAGUUGGCCUCCUCAGCUGUGAAGUGAGCCAGUCCAGGAGAACUGGAACAGGACAGGGUUAGUGUUUGGCACUUGUAAAAGCCAUUCUUCCUGCUUGUGUGGCUGGAAGUCCUGGGCCUUCAGCUCUCAAUCUCGAGCUGCCUGAGGCUGAACAUGCUGGAACGUGAUGGCUUGGCCCUGGCUGGUUUGGAAAUGGCACUGUGGUACAGUGGUGCGGUACUGUGGGAUCAGGGAAAGGGUGUAGCAUUAGAAAACUAUCAAAUUAGGCACUGUGGGAGUUAAUCUCUGCAGGCCCUGUUGGCGGUAGAAUCAGGCACCAUUCAGUGAAGCUACUGUCCAGCCUUAGAGCCUGGAAGAGUGAGCGCUAAAAGACCAAGAAGAGCCAUCUUCCGAAGGAGCAUGCCAAGGGUUCGUCCCGAUACACAUCGGGCACACUGGUCCUGCAGUACCUGAGGGUCACAUCUCCACUUAACUUCUGUGUGAUACUGCUAGGCUCUCCCUCCGCUGGCUGGCUCAGCUGGAGCAAAGUCACUUGCUAGGUGCAUCGUGCAUAGCUGCUUCCACAAUGUGCAGGGGAACUGGGUGAGAAAAUUCCCCUUUCACUCAGACUGGCAGCUAAAUUGAACACCUGUGCCCCAUGCAGUGUGCCGCCCUGCCUUUGAGUGGUGUCUGAUAAGCCAUAGACCUAAGCAGUCCCACUAGGUAGUUAGCAAACCCGAUCUCCCUAUUGGCCCCUUGUGGCUAUCAAUGUCUCUCUCCAUUUCCGCAGGCCAAGCUCCUGACUGGCAGAGCGCUGGCGCUGGAGACACUGCAGCCCUGCUGUGAGCAUUGCCUGUUGCUGUCACCCCAGUGCCGGCUGAGCAGCACUAACUCUGGCCUGUCUCGUGCUGGUCCCCAGAAAGCCCCAAACACAGGGUCCUUACAAAGACAGUCAGAGGUGCUGGGUUUAAGGCGCACAAUUGGUAUGGCCAACAGCAGCACCAUAGAAUGGACCUGCAAACUUGAAAGCCAUUCCACGUCUGGGCAGGGGAGAAACUGGGCACUCAGAGGAAAAAACAGUGAAGAGACAGUGUUUAACAGUGGGGACCAAACAACCCGGCUGACGUCACAAACUGCCCCCAUGUUUUCAGUUUGUUUUUCACACAUGGUGAGACCACAGGGAUUGAGCCAUCCCCUGUAGAUAGAAUAAUAGCCUUAAAUUCUGCCAAUAGAAUUAGAUUCCCUUACGGUCUCCCCUAGUACAUGGCACUAACAUAUUGUAAUGGUGUUACUUCCUUAUACAGGAUAUGCAUAACCAAAAACUCAGUCAUCACACAGGACUGGAUUCUAAGAUCCUAAUUCAUGAUGAAUUGUACCAUGCUGCAUAGACACCAGCAGUACCACUUGUGAUGUGAGGAACUAUCCAAAGAGGGAAGGGUGCUGGAAUUUGGCUCUGUGUCACCAGACUAUUAUUUGAUUUCUCAUGUUUUCUCAUGUGGAGCUCAGGGUUCUAAAAACUUUCAGUUACAUGGUAAUUACCUAUGAGCUACCAGUGAAUUGAACUACACUUCCCAAAACCUUCAUUAAUGGGUUGAUUGCUGAGCACUUACAUGAUAUAUUCCUUACGCAAUUUCAUCUUGUUCAAGAGUAGUUACUUAAUUGUGUCCCUACUGUAAAAUAGGGUCAUGAGCUUCUCCUCUGCUCCUCAUCCCAAUCUAAAUUACACAAGUAACUCUGGCCUAGACUGAGCGUCUGCUAUUGGCAAUCGCCUCAUUGUAGCUUUGCCUUUUUCUGUCCUAGUAUUUCCUCACAACAAUGAUGUUUACAUGUGAUUGCUAUAGAGCUUACUGUAGACUGUAUAUAGCGACACAUUUAGGGUGGGUAGUACUGUCCUAUGCUGUGCUGAUGUUUUUCAGAAAAUGAUUAAUCAAAACCAGUAAGUGUAAUUCUUCCAUCUCCUUGCUCAAAACAAGGAUGGAUCAAAGCUCCCAAUGCUGGCUUUGGUCAGAGAUGGAAAAUGCAUCAAACGUUAAGAAUGUGAAAGGGUUGAAUGUUCUAAGAACUUCCUGGGCCCUCGCUUGUUUCACAAACUUUGAUUUCAGUACACCCAGUUUUAAACCUCAUAUUGCUUUGAUGAGACUGGAGUUCCCGUGUUGGCCAUUGGCCAAUGACAAUUACGGAAUUUCAGCAUAUCAAGUGAGAUAAUACUCUUGAAGAGCAAGGAAGCUCCCAUGAUGCACAGAGCCAAUCAGUACUGCAAUCCUAGGAUAGGAAGAGAUGCAAUAAGUGAUCUUCAUGUUGCCUGAAGCCUAUAAACUAUUUUUGCAAGAAACAUCUCCAGGACUUAUGCAAUAUGCACUCAGGUGCACAAACGUACACACCUAUGGUUAAGACCGAGGCUGGGCAAUGAGCUCCUGUUGGUGCCACUGUACACAGUGUACACAUACACAGUGAAUCCAGUGAUGCUGAAUGUAAAGCCGGAGGGGGCUGUGGUUUGGAAUGUAUGCAGCUUAUGCUGGUUAACUCAGACCUGUACCUGUGGCUUCUCUUAGUAGCUGCCAGGGCUGGGUGUUCAUCCUGAGAUGCAAAGCCAUGAAUAUUCACUUUGUUUAUGUCACUCAUGCUAGAUCUCGUGCAAAAAUUAUAGCCUCUCAGCUUAGGGGAUUUUUUAAGUCCCCCUUGGCUUGCAGUGCUACAAUCUGCAGCAGGAGACUCUAGGGGAGGAGUCACAUGGCACAGAGCACUGGCUGGGAAUGACUCUGCGAAUGGAGUGUGGAUCCUUACCUGGCCUUGGGAGGGCAGAGCCCAGCCACAAUCGAAGAGUGGAGUUUGAUUCCUAGUAUGCUGCAGAUCCAGGCUCAGUCCAGAGAGGUGCUGAAGUCACCCAGAUUUGAGGGAACCUCUUUAGCUUGAAGGACUGGGUCCUACAUUUGGGCAAGGGUUAUUCUGAGAACGUGUUGUCCCCUUGAGAGGAGGCAAACGGCAGUCAGAAGGGAACAGCUUUAAGUCCCAUGGAGCCUGCUCUGAAUGGAGAGGGAGAGAGUCCCUGGGGGUCUGACAACAUUCUCCUGAGCAGAGUCAUAGCAGGGAGGUGAGGGCGCAUUCACCGGUGCCCCUCCUCCUGUACAGAGUGGUACAGUGCACACCAGCCAAGGAAGGGACUCCUCCCUGGCAGUGCCCAACCUGCUCUGGGCACAGUCCCACAUUUUAAAAGGAUAUUCUCCCACUUUAACCCACGUUUCAGGGUCUAUGUAUCUCUCCCCACAAACCCAGUAAUAACUACAGUGCCAGCAAUAAUGCUAGCCAUAAUGCCAACAAGCGGAAGAAGCCAUGCAGCUCUGAGGCAAGCAGGGAUUUAUAUAAGGAAAGAAUUUAGUUUCUGGAUUAGGAUGGGAGUAAAAAUGGUGUGUUAUAAUAGGUAAUCAGCAAGGGGCAUUUAUUUUUUUAAUUAUAGAUACAUAUAGAUGUAUAUAUAUGUACACACAAAGAAAAAUCCCUUGAUGGUUUCCUUUUGCUAUACGGCACAAAACCUGAUCUGAAGAGUAAAUGAUAAAGCCCAUGUCACCUGUCUUCAUCCAUUGACCCAUUACAUCUCAUUGUUUUGCAUGGGAUGCAGUUCUCUGGCAAAAUCUAAUGUAUUCCCAUGAGUCCUCAAACUGAUGAUUGUUUCUGAAUGUCUGGACUGGUGAGGGACAGCUGGGGAAUGCAGGGUUUUAGAGCUGAUAGUGCCCAUGGAAAAUAUUUAUCCCCAGUUCCUUCUAAGUGCAACUUUGAGCUGUAUUACCUGCACAAAGCCACAGCUCAGAUCCUUAGGUUGCAGUGUUAGCAUUAGAUUUCUGUACUGGCCCACGUAAAGAUGAUUUACAGGACCAGCUUUAUUUUUGUGUGUGUGUGUGUGUGUGUGUGUGUGUGUGUGUGUGGAGGGGGAAGGGCUGCAUUAAUUUUCCUUUUGGAAAUCUGUUGAAUUCUUAAUAUAUCAUUCUCUGUAGCUGAGCCUUUAAAUCCUUUUGUUCUUGACAUGAUAGUCCAUCCUUGACAAUCUUGAGUAAUACAGAACCAAAUAAAGCUUUUGGGUUUCCAUUGCUCUUCCUAUGUAGAUUCUGUAAUCAGGUGUGGCUUAGAAAGUCUACUUGUAAUACACCAGGUGGUGCUGCAAGGGGCAUUAUUUAUCCGAGAACUGAACAAAGUUAAUUUAAUAAUUGGGUGGAUGUAUGUGUGUGUAUGUGUGAGCGAGAGAAAGAUUAAAUUGAUGCAUUUCUUGAGAAAGGUGUAAGAAUUUCACCUAAAAAGGGGCACAUCUCCUUUGUUGUUUAUAAUAAAAGCUUAAAUUCUACUUUUUUUUUUAAAGGACACUGCUAAUAACUCUAAGGGUUCAGUUCUGCCAUCCUUGCUCAUACUGAGUAAAUAAUGCCUUACUCUUAGAGUAAGUAGAAAGCAGAAUUGAUCCCUUUGUGAUUAGGAAUCAAAUUUUUAGUUGGCUGCAUUUUUUUUUGUUUUAAAUUGGUAGAGGUUUUUUAUAUUUCACUUAAUUUCUCUCCCAGUUAUGUUCCGUUGUGUCCUUAUUUAUAUAAUAUACUUUAACCUUAAAGAUGGCAUGAAUUCUUAUGCCUUUCCUUUAUUAUUGUUUUUAAAAAGAGAUUUAUUUCUAGUGUGAUUUAACUGUCUAAACGAGAGAACGUUUUCUUGUAUUUUUACAUUGUCAGAUUCUAUAGUUUCAUAGAUAAUUUAACCAAAUCGCUCAAUGUAUUAUCUAUAUCUAUCUGGUGGGUAUAAAAGUUCUAUUUUAAAUUGUGUAAAUACUUCAGAACUGGCUUCUUUUUCCAGACUCCCCCUGCUGUGGAGUUACUUGUUUACAUCACAAAGACUGUAGAAUCUCUACGCUCAUGUACUGUAAAUAGUGAAGUGAUCUGCCUAUAAAUAAACUAUAACAAAUACACUAUAAA